AUGGCUUCUCCUCGUCCCCCCCACAACUUCGGCCCUCAAGGCUAUUCUCUCCCUAACGGUGCCUCCGGUCCUGUCCCUGGCGCCGCUCCUCUCCUUCCCAACAAUGGUCGAAUCAUUCAGAAUGGCCCCACCAGAGUCCUGUGCAUUGCCGAUGUUCGAGGGAAUCUGAAGUCUCUGAAUGAGUUGGCCAAGCAGGCCCGUGCGGACCACAUCAUCCACACCGGCGACUUUGGUUUUUAUGACGACACUUCGUUGGAGCGGAUUGCGGACAAAACCCUGAAACACGUAGCGCAAUACUCCCCGUUGCUUCCUGAAAAUGUGAAGCGCAGCAUUGCCUCGACUCCGCCCCAGCAAUCCAUCAAGCAACGUUUCACCCCAGACCAGCUCCCUCUCUCAGAACUCCCGAUGCUGCUCGACAAGCGGCUUACUCUUGAUGUCCCUGUAUACACGGUCUGGGGUGCUUGUGAAGAUGUCCGGGUGCUGGAGAAGUUCCGGUCCGGCGAGUACAAGGUGGAUAAGCUGCACAUCAUCGACGAAGCGAAUUCGAGAUUGCUGGACAUCGGUGGCGUGAAGCUCCGGCUCCUGGGACUGGGAGGUGCCGUCGUGAUGCACAAGCUGUUCGACAAUGGUGAGGGUAAGACCACUAUUGCCGGCGGCCAGGGCACCAUGUGGACGACGCUUCUGCAGAUGGGUGAGCUUAUCGAUACCGCCAACCGCGUCUACGAUCCAUCGGAGACCCGUAUCUUUGUUACACAUGCAUCACCUGCGCGUGAGGGGAUGCUGAACCAGCUAUCUGUUACCUUGAAGGCUGACUUCUCCAUCUCUGCCGGUCUGCACUUCCGUUACGGCUCUUCUUACAACGAGUUCUCGGUCAACCCGUCGCUGGAUCACUAUCGUGGCAAGCUGGCUGCUUCCAAGGCAUCCUUUAACGACGUGUGGGAAACUGUUCGGGGCGAGGUCGAGACGGCUAUCUCCUCCAACGAAGCCCAGAAGACUCUCCUGGACAAUGCUCUCAACGUGGUGAAUCAGAUGCCUAGUGUUGCCAACGGUGGAAACCCGUUCGGUGGUCCGACUGCUCCUGGUACUGCGGCUGGCCAGGUCGAUGAGAGUGCCUUCAAGAACAUGUGGAACUUCAACCUUGCCGAUGCCGCCUUUGGUUUCCUUGUCCUUGAGAUCGAGGCGGGCCGCAUUGCUACAGAAAUGCGCGCCCAGGGUUUCAACUUUGCUCACCGCAGUGGAAAGCCUCAGGCCGCCGGCGCCCCCGCUGCUGCUCCUGCUGUGCCGGCUGGUCCUCCUCCCGGCGUGGCGUCUCCGGCCGCUCGUGCUCCUCCCCAGUUCGGUCAGGUCCAGCCUACCCCUGCCCGCACUGGCGGUCCUCAGCAGCAGGCGCCCAAGAACCAGCCCACCGCUUCUCCUGCUCCCGUCAUCCCCAAGACCGAGACCCCUCAGCCUUCUGGCCCUGCUCCCGCUCAACCCACCUCUGCGUCCGAUGAGAAGGCUCCCAGCACUGAUGCGAACGGCUCGGUCCAGCCCGAAAAGUCGACUGAUACGCCCAAGGGGGAGAAGAAGCAGAGCAAUGGACUGUUCGUGUCUAACGUGGACAAUGAGCAGGCGGUGCGCGACUUAUUCCCCGACGAGGACAAGGACAAUAUCAAAUCUGUGGAAAAAUGGGGCAAGUACAACAACCACGUCGUGAAGUUCGGAACCCCGGAGGAGGCCAAGGCCGCGCUUGAUCGUCAGCCUGCCGAGCACAAGAAGCCUAGUCCCCCUGGCCAGCCUCGUAAGCCCAACAUCAAGUUCUUCGAAGACCGUGGUAGCCACCGCGGCAACGCCGGUACGUGGCAGAGCAGCAACCGUGGCGGCAACACUCAGCGCGGAUACCAGAGCGGCGGUGCGAGCGACAGCGAGGGUGGACGGGGACGUGGUGGCUUCGGUGGACGCGGUCGUGGUCGUGGCGAUCGUGGCGGCCGUGGCGGACGCAGUGGCCGGGGUGGUUUCAGCAAGGGUUCAGCCCCGACUUCAGACUCCCCAGCUCCGACGCCCUCUGGUGACAAACCUGCCGCAUCUGGUGGGGACGCCUAA